GUAUGAUUUUAUAACAAUAACUAUAUACAUACUCAGGGAGACUUAAAUUUGCGUCCGUAUAUCGUUGACAACAAAUAUAUUGUUACACCGAUCGAAAGUCGAAUGUAUUCGGUGAUUUGAACCGUUUCGUAAUUUAAACGGAAAGAUUAGAGAAACGAUGUCAAAGAUAUGUAUUCCUCGAACGUUUUCGUUUCGAAUAUGAUGUGAGGUUAUGAUGUUAAUUUAAACAAGAUUAUCCUAUCGGUGUAUCGAUACACGAUUAUUUGUGAAGGAAUCUCGUAAUUUGGUUCUAAUAUCCAAUAGGAAGGAAUGGUUUCCACUCGAGGACCGAAAUUCAAAUUCUGUGAUGGUGAAAAAGUUCUUUGUUAUGAACCUGAUCCUACAAAAGCGAAAGUACUUUACGAUUCAAAGGUACUUGAUGUCAUAGUUAACAAGGAUCAAAGAGGAAGAAAAGCUGUUGAAUAUUUGAUACAUUUCCAGGGAUGGAAUUCUUCAUGGGAUCGUUGCGUAACAGAGGAAUAUGUAUUGAAAGACACGGAAGAAAAUCGUCAACUCCAAAGAGAUUUAGCACAAAAAGCACAGUUACAGUUGGGUGCUUAUCUGUACCGUCGAGAACGUAAGAAAAGAAGCCACAAACUGUCUGAACGAUUACAUGAACAUGAAAACCAAGAGCCACGACGAAGAGCGAGAAGCGGUGGCAGUCGAGCGACAUCCGCGACAACUGGGUCAUCAGAAGAUGGCAGUUCAGGACAGCAUGCAGAUUAUGACACAGAGGUCUUAUUAUUUUCAUAUGUACAAGAGCCAUAUUUUUUCUUAUUGAUAAAGGAAGUUAUUACCGAAGAGGAUACUGAAAGUAGUUCGGACUAUGUUGGUGAAACGAGCGAUGAUGAAGAUAGUGGUGGCGGUAGUCAAUCCGGUGCCAGUGUUAAACCAGGAAUUGAUCUUGAUAUAGGUACCAUGCUGAAACGAAUCCUGGACCAAGAUCACGACCUAAUAACCAAGAAAAAUAAGCUAGCUGUUCUACCCUCGCAACCUACCGUUGCGAGUAUUUUAGAGUCAUGGGUACAACACUUUACGACAUCACAACUGACUAAUAUUCCAGAAAAACCUCAAAGGAACAAAACAAAUAAUACUAUAGAAAAAACAGUUAAUGAAAUAAACAUAUGCAGAGAAGUUGCAGAUGGAUUACGCAUAUACUUCGAUUUUACGUUACACGAUCUUCUUCUAUAUAGGCAAGAACGAGAACAAUACUGUAGUAUAAAGUCUUCUUUCUUGUAUACCGAACAUUCAGCGCUUGUAAAAGAAGAACCGGUCGAGAAUUCGGAAGUAUUAGUCAAAGAAGAAUACGAGGACACCGAGUACGCUCAUUUACCACCAUUUCAAGAACACGAUCCAGAAGUAGAUGGUGCAUCGAAGACACUAACAAAUUCAAAACGAAGGUUAAGGUCAUGCAGAGUGAGUUCUAUUGAUGAAAAUAGACAAUUGAGAUCAUAUGAUGAAGUGAAACAAGAUACAGGAAAUAUGUCGAGUAUUGCAAGUACAAGUUCUCGUUGUUCUAGCCCACGUGGUAUAACAUUAAGAAUACCGGUUGUUACAUCUGCUCAAGUCAGCGCCUUGCUUCAGCAAUCGAAUAAAUGGAGAUUAAUGCCUGAAUCUUCAAAAUCUGAAGAUCUUCUAAGUCCCUCCACCUACUAUGGUGCCAUUCACUUAACUCGAUUAUUUGUUAGACUUCCAGAUUUACUCCAGUCAGCAGACAUACCAAAUAAAAAAUUAAAAAUUCUUUUAAAAUAUUUGGAUAUGUUUCUCAGUUACUUAGAGAUGCAUAGAGAAUGGUUUGGAGAACAGUUUUACAUGCAGGUGGAAAAUCAACUAAUGUCUCAAGCAAGUAAUUCUUAACAUGGUAGUGACAGUAUAUGUACUUCCUCUGUAUUCGAUUACGAAUGCGAUUGUGUAUAAAUUAUGCGAGUACUGUGUGUGUUGUACAGAAAGAAUGUAUGUUUGUGAAAUCAUUAUAAGUGAUAAAUUCUUUUUUUAUAUUAAUUAACAAA